AAAUUCGAGCCUCUACAUCCGCGUGAUGUGGACCACGCGUCUCCCGUGGAAAGCGGAGGCUCUGAUUCUCCUUACGAUGCGCAUUUGGAAGGACCGGUUCAAGAGACAGAUUUGUCAAGGGAUAUGGCGACUGUCAAUUCCAGAACAGUAAACAUAUGGGAUGCCACGGAUCAAAGGGGAGACUCAAGACGUCGAGGACGAUACCAAUGACACUGGCCAAGGUAGCGGCCUCCUACAUGUCAACGAUCAUGUGCGUCCGGAUACGAUCAAGAAGGUAUGGGAUCAGAUGUACGAAAGCGGUAGCAGUGAUGACCUUCUCGUGUUUGGUUCGUCGAAUACUAAAGUCGACCUCUCUCAUUUGCACCCGAAUCAAGCCCAAAUCUUUAGGCUUUGGCAAAUAUACUUGGAAAACGUUGACCCGCUACUCAAAGUCACGCACACCCCGACCUUGCAGCCCCUCAUCAUCAACGCCGCCAGCAAUGUGGCCGAUAUCAGUCCUACAAUGGAAGCAGUAAUGCUCAGCAUCUAUUGCGUUGCCAUCUUGAGCCUCAAGGAAGACAAAUGCCAAAUCUUAUUUGGGUCGGCAAGGGAAGACCUUCUAACAUGCUAUCAAUCUGGAUGUCGACAAGCCCUGCAAAACUGUCGGGUUUUACGGACCGGCGAUCGCGAUUGCUUAACAGCGUUGUAUCUCUAUCUGAUCUCAGUCAGACCUGACACAGAUCCCCGAGCUCUGUCCUCAACACUAGGCUUAGCUAUCCGCAUUGCACACCGUAUGGGUAUCCACAAUGAGUCAACAAACGGAAAAUGCAACGCUCUCGAAGCUGAGAUGCGACGACGAUUAUGGUGGUCUUUGGUCGUUUUCGACAACCGCAUCUCCGAGAUGUUCGAUUACAAGACGUCAACAUUGGCUCCUACCUGGGACUGCAGGACUCCUUCCAACGUCAAUGAUUUUGAAAUUCGGCCGGAGAUGAAGGACCCGCCAGCGGCUCACGAGAAACCCACCGAGGCAAUUUUUUCUGUUGUGCGCAGCACGUUGGGCGGUAUUGUCCGUCACAGUGCAUUUCACCGCGUCCUCACCAACCAGACGUUGAACACUGUCGCUAAAGACACACGACACGGCUUUGCUCUAGAAUCCAGCGGAUUUGUCGUCCUCGAGAAGGCCAUGGAAGAAAAGCAUCUCGCGUUUUGCAACCCAGAAAACCCACUCCACUUUAUGACUAUAUGGACCACUCGAGGUUAUCUUUCGAAAAUGAAGCUUCUGGAACUUUACGCGAAACGGACAUCCUCAUCGGCCCCCCUAACGGAUAAGCAGCACAGCGCCGCUGUCUCCUACGCGCUGAGCAUGCUCAAUUGCGACACAAAACUCAUGAGUUCACCACUCACCCAAGGAUAUCACUGGCUCCAACACUUCCACUUUCCAUUUCCCGCGUACAUCACUGUUCUGCAAGAGUUGACGAAGCGGCCAACCGCGGACUUUGCUGAAAACGCCUGGGAGGUCAUUGGUGAGAACUACGCGGCCCGACUGGCAAAUUCAAGAAUGGACCUUAAGCCUAUCUUUAUCGUCUUCUCCUGGAUUGUCCUGAAGGCAUGGGAGGCGUGCGAAGCAUUCUCCGAACAAGAGAAGCCGCUUACGCUGCCGCGAGUUGUAGUAGAUGUGAGGAACAAACUGAUGGAGUUGCGAUCUGACUUUGCGCAAAGCGGCGACGUUGAGCAACAGCCCGACAGUGCUGUCGACAUCAACGUUGAAGACCUUCCUUUGCCUAUACCGAUGGACUUUGGGAACCAGGGCCUUUGGUUUGGCGCUGGAGGGCAGCACUUAAUGGGCUCGGGAUUGUUUGGCUAUCCUGACAUACCAGGGCAGACCUCGUUUGACGUCGACAUGAACCAAGUUGACUGGACCACAAUGGAUUGGAGCUCAAUGCAGGCACCAUGCUGGUGAGAGAGCACGUUACAGCGCCAGAUCGCGCGGUUUGCACCGUUUGAACGCAACUGCAUCAGACCGACAAGCCUCGGAAGAAACCUGCUUGACCUGAUCAAGCCAU